AUGGCAGCUUUCUCGGCUAGUGUCUUGGUGACGAAAUACGGGCCCCCGAAAAUCCCCUGCCUCCUCACGAACUCCACAUCGGUCCAACAACUCUCGUCGAUAAGGCCCGAUGGGCCCGGUGUUGCGCCUAGAAAUGCGGCCGAAAGGCUGGAGGUGUACACCACUCGCCUCACGGUCUUGGCGUCAAUGCAGGCCUGCAGGAUGGCCUGCAGGCCCGUUGUGACCCGUUUGAUCUUCACGUCUUCGGGCUCGGAUUCUUGGAAGUCCAGUGGGUGGGCCACGUGGAAAAGCCCAAUACAUCCCUCGAUUGCGGGCCUGAAGGUUUCGGGAUUGUCGAGGUCCGCGUUGAAGAUUUGUAGCCUUUCGGAGGCGCCCGCAACAAUUGACAAAGUACACAUACCCAUAAAGACAGCUAGAGAAGACUUAACCGAGCCAGGCAAAUCGGGACACACGAAAGGGCCGUGUAUCCAACUAGGGACCACGCUCACGACCUCCAACCCGUGCUUCUCACCAAAAUCGAGAGCUGCCCUCUCGGUCAGCGUCUUUGAAACACAAUACGAGCUUCCGUAUCCUCCCGAGCUUCUCACAAAGUCCACAUCACUCCAAAAACCCUCGUCCACCAAGCUGCCCGAGCCGAUCUCACGGGCAGCCACGACUGUGGAUGCGCUCGACGUGUACACGACCCGUCUAACGGUUUUAGAGUCGAGAGACGCUUGUAAUAUGCCUAGUGUUGCCCUGACCGACAGCUCGGUUAUGGAUUGUUCGGUUUGUUGA